AAUACGUAACGCGGCGGUUUUUCCGGCCUAGAGUGCCCGCCAUAUUGUCUCAGAGGGUAGCGCGGGUCACUGGCGCGUGUGUAUGGUCACUCUUCUUAUUCUCAAUUAAAAAAAGAAUAAUAAUAAUAAUAACAACAGAGUUCGAUAAAUCCGAGGAAUUAAAAAGCUCAGUUGACACUGGCCACGUAUAACCUGGUUACAACCAAUUCGAUUGUAUGAUAUAAAAACAGAGUUAUGGAUCCAGCCAAACUGAAAGUGGUUGAGUUACGUGCUGAAUUAUCACAGCGUGGUCUUGACACCAAGGGAAAUAAGGCGGUGCUUGUUGAACGACUCCGGAAAGCGUUGGAGGAAAGCGAAGCUGAAGAAGCUGAAGAAGCAUCUUCCCCGGAGCCAGCCCCCCAAGAAGUUCGUCAAAAGACCCCGGAGCCGAGCAAGCCGGCAACUCCCUCAAAAAUCUCAACAAGAACCUCGAGGAGUCUCCGAGGAACCCCAGCGAAGGCGUCCUCCAGGGUCCCUCCCCCUGCCCCGCAGAAGCAGCCAUCACCAGUGAAGCCUCCAGUGAUCGAAAAGCCCCUGUCACCAAUAAUCGACAAGGAAACUGAAGCAGCAUUGCUGGAGGAUGAGCCCCAGAGUGGUGCAGUGCCCCAGACAGCAGUUGAGGAAUUAACCGAGCCCCCCAAGGCUGACACCUGCACUCCCCAAGUAGCUGAGGAAGCCCCAGAGAUACCACCAGCUCAGCAAGAGGACUCUGUUCAAGAACCCAAGGAGUCAGAGGUAGCCCAAGCCAUUGUUGCAUCCUCAGAGGCACCAGAACCCCCAGAAUUACCUGAAAAGCCUGUCGAGCAAAUACCUGCCACCGAAACAGUCGAGCUCCCAGAGGAGACCCAGGAGAAUGAGGAAUCCCCUGGAGCCAACAACGACGACUCAAAAUCUUCGCAGAGCACCGACCACCAGGUGUCUGACGACAUCAGCCAGAUCCCCGAGAGCUCCGAAGAGAAAAUGGAAGUGAACGAGGAGAACGUCUCACAUCCCCCUGAGGAGAACGAAACAAAAAUGCCUGAAGACGUGAAGCAAGAGUUGCCAGAGGAGAAGCCAGACGUUCACAUAAAACAAGAACAAGAGAAUUUCAAAAUUGAAAACGAGCACGAGUCGACCCAGGACGUGGACAUGAAGGUGGAGAUCAAACAGGAGGACGACAAGGACCUGGUGGAUCAGGACAGAAAGGACCGCAAGGACAGGAAGAGAAAGCGUUCGACGAGCUGUGAUCACCCGAGGAGCCCUCCACCCCCAGUUAAAACCGACGACGAGCCCGAGAUCGAUUACUCGAGGGUUCUACUCUCCUGGUACGACUCAGAUCUCAAUCUCGUGAUCGAUAAAUCCUCGUUUUUAUCAGCAACCCCGAUGCACAACGAUGGCUUUGGGUACGUCUGGGCUGGGGCUAGAGCCUCAUUUGGAUUUACCAGUGGUAAAGUUUACUACGAAGUCAAGGUUAAGUACGAAUGCCCUGUCACUCUUCAGGAUGAGGAGUAUCCACACGUUCUGCGUGCUGGAUGGUCGGUGGUUCAUACCUCGAUGCAGCUGGGGGAGGAGAAAUUGAGUUAUGGUUAUGGGGGGACUGGCAAGAUCUCCACAGGAAAUAAUUUCAAGGAUUAUGGACCGAGGUAUGGGUUGAAUGACGUCCUUGGAUGCUACUUGGACAUGUCUGGGGCUGACGCAGUCAUGAGUUAUACUCUGAAUGGGAAGAAUCUGGGGCAGGCGUUCAGGGUGUCCAAGGCUGAGCUGGCGGGCAAGGCCCUGUUCCCACAUGUUCUGACGAAGAAUUGCGAAUUUUCCUGCAACUUUGGGGACGAAGAGCCCUGGGGUGGAACUCCUCUCGAUGGAUUUGUGCCAGUGGGACAGGUGGACAUCAAGGACCGAGUUCCUGGGCCUGUGAGGCCUGAGAGGCGGGAGGAUUGCGAAAUGAUCAUGAUGUGUGGCUUGCCUGCUGCUGGGAAAACUUUCUGGGCUACCAACUAUGCGUUGGAGCAUCAUGAGAAGAUGUACAAUGUUCUGGGGACCAAUAAUCUCAUUGAUAAGAUGAAGGUCAUUGGGUUACCCAGGAAGAGGAAUUAUCAUGGACGGUGGGAUGUGCUGAUUGACAAGUGCACGAGGUGUCUCAAUAAACUUUUGGACGUUGCUGCCACCAGGAGGCGAAACUAUAUUUUGGAUCAGACGAAUGUGUAUCCUUCCGCACAGAGACGCAAAAUGAGACAUUUUCAUGGAUUCCAACGGAGGGCGAUUGUUGUUGUACCCACGGAGGAGGAGUUCAAGGCGCGGAAUGCUAAACGGGUGGCUGUGGAAGGCAAGGAGGUUCCUGAUUCUGCUAUUAUGGAAAUGAAAGCCAACUUCGGUGCACCGGUGGUGGGUGAUUCAUUCGAUGUCAUUGAGUGGGUUGAGCUCGGUGAGGAAGAGGCUAAGAAGCUCAUCGCCAUGUACAAUAAGGAGGGCAAAGAUGCAGGUUUCGCACAGCAACCGAUAGCCAAACGCCCUCGGUUUGAGAAGAGUACUGAAAGCAAUCGUGAUGCACGACCCAAUCGAGACAACAGGGACAAUCGAGAUAAUCGCGACAGGAGGAAUGCUUAUCCAGACAGAAACAGAAAUGCCACAUGGCGUGGUGGCAGCCAGAUGCCAGGUGGUUGGAGAGACCGAGGUCCACGAGGUGGUCACAUGAGACCCCCUGGUGGGCCUUAUGGACCCCCAGGAGGCUGGAGGGGACGCGGUGGUCCCCCGGGACCCAUGAGUCGUCCGAACGAGAGACGUGGGGCACCGAGCGACAGACGAGGAGGAGGCAGUGAUCGAAGGGGUGCAGGAGCAGCGAGAGGUGGUGGCUGGGGUCCCAUGAACAGCAAUUACCAUAAUUCGGGAUCAUCCGGUGGCUGGGGUGGCUCACAGGGCAGUGGAUGGGGAAGUGGGUCACAGACGCCUGGUGGCUGGGGAGGUGGACAAGGUUGGGGCGCACAAGGUGGCUGGGGCAGUUGGAAGGGAUAUGGUUCCAACGCAAACUACAAUCAGGGCAAUUACACUCAGCAGGGCUAUGGCAAUGGCAAUUGGGGGGGUUGGGGUCAACAGUAUUACAAUCAGUAUUGGGGUCAGCAGCAACCAUCCAGCGGACAAUCUAGUACAACUAGUGGACAGGGUUCCACAGUUGGUGCUAAUUCAACGUCCGCAGCCUCGACAACAAGCACUGGAUCAUCGUACAACAACUAUCCCCAAGGAUGGCAAGGUUACACACAAUCUUACAAUUACUCGACAGACGGUUCGAACACUAGUGUUCAACAACAAAAGUAGAUUUUGUAAGUAUGAGUGAUUUGUACUUGUUUUUUCAUCACUAAAGAAUGGAUAAAGAGAGCCGACGAGCUGGUAAAUGCAUCAUUAGAAUUUAGUUCACACCCACUGGAUUAUGGAAUUCAGCUGUCAUUCAUCUAUCCGACACUGCAUAAUCUCAUCUUUAUUUUACAAUAUAAUGACAUUACCAUUAAUUAAAACUAGUAUAUUUUAUUAUACAAGUGACAGCGAUUAUCGAGGACGAAGUGUCUAGCAUCAGCUGUAUUUUACGGUAUAUUUUUCAUGUAUUUUGGAUGUAUCAAUCCUCGACUUGCGUUUAUCAAUGCAUUGAGGGUUAAUCUGCAUUAUCCAAUUGUCAUUGACUAAAAAUACACAAUGUUGAUUAAUUACAAUUGAUCAAAGGGCACCACAGUGGUAGAAUGAUUAUAAUCAGUAAAUACAUUCAUGGCAAGUUAUGUAAAUAUGUACAGAUUCGCCUAUAAAAAUACUGCAAAAAUAUAACUCACAAAUUCGUGGUUGAUUAUUUUGGUGAAUAUAAUUUUUAUCAUUAGAAAACCAAUCUACAUUCCUGUUUACGUAAAAAAAAGCCAAGUGUUUACAUAUACAUUUCUUAGUCCAUGAUUUAUCAACAUUUCCCAUAUGUUACCAGUCACCGUAUGUUUUUUUACUACUGGAAUUUCAUUCAACUUCAGCACACGAUCGAGACAGAAAACUUCAGUCCUUCAUUUGUUGCAUGUAUUGUUUACUGAUUCAGUGAGUCUUGUUGUUAAAAAAUUGUGCAUUGAAAAUGGCAUAGGACACCAUCCGUCGCCUAAUGAGCAUUGAAUUAUAAGUAUAUAGGGAAGAAUUAAUUGAGGAAAUUAUAUAAUCCAGUGGAUGCCCAAUAUUGCAGACAAAUAUGGAUAUUUCGGCAUAAAUGAUUUAUUUUAAUCAUUAUCUUUAGUUAUUCAAUUCUAACCCCGCAAAUAUUGUUUGCUGCGACUAUUCAUUACUUUCUAUGAAAUGCUGUACAGCGUGAGAAAUCUAAAUUUGAGAUUACUGAGGAUUACGAGAAAAUUGAAUGUAGAAAUGUAUGAAUAGAAGAGUUUGAAUCACAAUCGAUUGAGAAUGAUGUAUGUGAGCGAUAUAUUUUAAGGAAAACAACAGCAGUAAAAGAGUAAGAGGAACAUUAUUUAAGUGACAAUAGGUAUGUAAGUACAGUAGUCUUGAUGAUAAAUCAUAAUUAAAUUCUUUUCGAAAUUCACACGGAUGAAUUGCGUCGAGUCCAACACAAUCUUUUUACAUGAAUGUAUGGAAAAUAGGGACAGGAGUAACGAGUAAAUCGAGGAUAACUCUAUGACCCUAUUUGUUAAUAAGAAUGUAUAAACUCAUUCGUAAAAUAAAGAAGAUGUCUUGUAUAAGUCAACCAUUGAUUGUUAUGGGGGGAUUGGAUGGGAUCAUAAAAGGCCGCACUCUGCAUUUUUAAACAUCUAUUUAGGUUCUCCAGAAAAAGAAUACAGUAGUUUGUAUACAAUGUACAUUAUUAAAUUAGCAUGAAGCUGCCGUUGCAACGGAUCAUAUUUAACUGUUUCUUUCAUUUCAAAAUUAUUGACAUGGCUGAAAAUAUUAAGUAAAUGAUGAAAAUUUGCAUGUAAUGGAGAUUCAUUCUAUUUCUCUUCAUUGUUCAUUUCAACUAUCUGAUGGAGAAACUAAAAUAUCCUCAAAACCCACGGAUCAAGCUCCUACUCAUUUGGUCAAACGAUAGAGCAUUCAAAUGGCAGGAACACAGUGAGGAAAAAUUAUACGAAGCAUUUGGUAGGUGUGUAUUUAAUUCUUCUCCAAAUUCAUGUAAUUUUUUUACAUGAACAUGUGGAAAAUAGGGACACGAGUACCGAGUAAAUCGAGGAUAACUCUAUGACCCUAUUUGUUAAUAAGAAUGUAUAAACUCAUUCGUAAAAUAAAGAAGAUGUCUUGUAUAAGUCAACCAUUGAUUGUUAUGGGGGGAUUGGAUGGGAUCAUAAAAGGCCGCACUCUGCAUUUUUAAACAUCUAUUUAGGUUCUCCAGAAAAAGAAUACAGUAGUUUGUAUACAAUGUACAUUAUUAAAUUAGCAUGAAGCUGCCGUUGCAACGGAUCAUAUUUAACUGUUUCUUUCAUUUCAAAAUUAUUGACAUGGCUGAAAAUAUUAAGUAAAUGAUGAAAAUUUGCAUGUAAUGGAGAUUCAUUCUAUUUCUCUUCAUUGUUCAUUUCAACUAUCUGAUGGAGAAACUAAAAUAUCCUCAAAACCCACGGAUCAAGCUCCUACUCAUUUGGUCAAACGAUAGAGCAUUCAAAUGGCAGGAACACAGUGAGGAAAAAUUAUACGAAGCAUUUGGUAGGUGUGUAUUUAAUUCUUCUCCAAAUUCAUGUAAUUUUUUGACAUGAACAUGUGGAAAAUAGGGACACGAGUACCGAGUAAAUCGAGGAUAACUCUAUGACCCUAUUUGUUAAUAAGAAUGUAUAAACUCAUUCGUAAAAUAAAGAAGAUGUCUUGUAUAAGUCAA